CACGGAGUAAACAGCAACUUCCGUCUGAGGGACACAUUAAAAAAACAAACAAACAAAAGAAACCAUUUAGAAGUUCACUUUUUUUCUUUACUUGUGAAACACCGAACUGAUUAACAGCAUGGCUGUGAGCAGAUUUUCGUAUCGUAGAAAAGUUCCAGUUGCUCUGGACAUGCCGGAGAAAGAUAAAGAAAACUGCGGGUUUUACAGAGCCAUCGCAUGGACAAGCCCAGUGCACCAUAUUCCAGUGUACCCAGAUUGGCACCAGUUCCGACAUGUGGCCUUCUACAAGGACGACGGCACGGAGAGUUGUGAGAUAGAGGAUGUCUGGUCCGACUAUUUCCGUCAACAACAUCACGUGAAGGCAGCCAUAAGUCAUCCAAUCGGCACCCAGCCCAGCGAUGUCCCAGAAUUCAAAAGAAAUGGCCACCAGAGAAAUCUACAAAAGGACCCGCCGAUGUCGAUGUUUCUGCACCCAUACAACGCCCCCUGGCCCAAGCGAGACGCCAACAUCCCGCCAGCCCGGUUCCCCAGAGGCGAGUACUACUCCUACUACCACGACGCUUUCAAAUCUUCCAACCUCGUCCGUCAUCGCCUGCUGCCACUUCCACAGAGGGUGGAGCCGCAUGAGAUUCCAGACAUAACCCCAAUGGUCAAGUCGAGAAACAUCUACAUAGACAAGUCAACGUGCUAGAAACGCAACGUAUUGCAGCAAUGUUUUACCUAACGCAUCACAGUUUAUCGCAGUUCAAAAUUAAUGUUCAUCAUCUAAAUUGAGUAUUUUAGUUGUUUUAAAUAAUGUAAACAAAUUAAAUUAAAUCAAUAUCUUGAUUAAUUAACAUAACGUUUAGAUCAACUCUAGCUUUAGCUUAUAUUUUUAUUGAUGAAACGCACAUUCACAUUUCAUACAUGGAAUUUACAAAUUUCUUUUGAAUUUCCUAAAUUAUUUCCCUGUUAAUACAACACAUCCAAAAAAAAACCAAAA